AUGGCCAACUUUAUUCAUUUUUGGCUCUCUUUUAGCCUUUUGAUCACCCUAUCGCUUCAGCAAAACGCUCCCCUGGUAUUCCGCGAUUCCGAAUCGCCCGAAAUAGCUGGGAAACGGCUCCUAGAAGGAUUCCUUCUAUUGGACUGCUUCCCAAGAAGGACGGCCGCUUUCGCCGAGUUUGCCGUUGAGACCGAUGAUGACACAAGCGUGGUAUCAAUGGAGCGAUUCAGGUAUUUACUAAAGUCAAUCCAUUGUACCAAUACUAGUUUAGCUGUCAAUUUCAAAAACCAAAAGUCGUUCGAAUACACCAAGCGUGCAUGGAAAUGGGUCAAUGAGAUUGAACGAAACACCCUUAUUGUGGUCGCCGGCACUGGCCAGUGUGGAUGGAAUACACAUAGAGUGCCAUUUGCUGUUUCGAAAAUUGAGUUUGAUGACCACACCAAGACUGCAAAGUUGCAGGCUCGACGAUCAGAAUGGAAAGAUGUUUUCCACUCCUUUGAGCUUUCUGUGGGUAGAGUGGCCAACAAAGUAGCCCACGAUACAUGUGAGGCGCCGCAGCACACAAAAAGAAAAGAGCACGAGAAAACCUUGUCCAUGAGUUUUGAUCAUCCGUGGAAUCUUCCUAAGAAGGACUUUUCUACUCCCGAAGAUUCCUUCUCUUUAAUACUGUCGUGCGAUCAGUGUGGCACAAAAGGAAGCUUCGAACUUGGUUUCUACCUCAGGAACGAGAAACAUAUACCCAAGGCCGCAACGUUCACGCUUACACCUCACGGCGUGUCUGCAAGAAUAGGGCCCAAAUUGACAUUAAGUGGAGACUUCACCGAAGAGUACUCUCAGCAGUUCGACCUUGCGAAGAUACCAAUAUACGGGUAUUCAAUCCCUGGUGUCUUAGAUCUAGGCCCGGAAAUUGUCUUUAGCCUUGGCUUCAGCGUUGGUCCGGUCUCUGGUUCUGCGUCUGUUUCCUCGGGGAUAAACAUCAGCCUUCUGGACUCUGCAGAGCUCAAAAUUGACCUUCUCUCACCUCAUGUAGUGCACUCAGGGUGGACUCCCCAGGUUCGUACAGAACCGGUAAAGGUAGAUGCUCAAAUCGAAGCCGGCGUUAAUAUUCAUGCCAAAGCUGCAAUCCAACUAGCCGCAGAGGCUCUUGGCCAUGGAUUUGCCGCAGGAGUCAACUUAAAGCCUGUCCUGGGGGCCACAUUAUCUCUCUCUGAGUCAACCGCUGGAGUCUGUGCGAAUGAUGAAAAACAUCAUCUUUUCGGUGUCAGUGUGGCUCCCUCGGCCGGAGUUAGUCUUAACGCGGAGAUAACGAGAGCCAGUGACAAGGGGAACCCUUUGGCAAAGCUCACAAUUGCUGAUCUUAAAGAGGCCAUACCAAAGGCGUGUGUUGGCUUCGGUCCAGUUGUUGCAAAUAGCAGCCUACCAGCCAAACGAGAUUCAAGUGGGAAGGCGAGCAGCCAAGCCGAUGCUGAUUCCUUAUCUACUGCCUCUUCCCCCCAUGUUCAUCACAGACAUCACAGGAGACAUCAUCACGGUAGAAGGCAUUAG